AUGUCGCUCGUGGAUAAAUUAAACUAUUACAGCACACGAAAAUCGUUCAAAUAUGGCAUACCCUUCCUCAUCAUGAUGGUGGCUGGCUCCUUCGGACUGCAGCAGUUCUCCAACCUCAGGUAUCAGUACGCUAAGAAGCAGCCGGUAACCCCGGAGGAGAUGAAAAAGUACGGCGUAAGCAUGAAGAACCGCAAGGAUGUGACGUUGGAGUCGGAGUACGACAAAGUCAAGUCCGUGGACAUAGAGAACUGGGAGAACAAACGCGGUCCACGUCCCUGGGAGGAGCACGAGGAUCAGCCGUCAACAGCAAAGCACUAGACUUAUUGACUUCAAAACCGUUAACAAAAUAACCAUUGAAAACAGACUCUUCGUUGUACAUAGUCAUAAAUAAAUCAGCAUUGUUAAUAUCUAGUAA